AACCUCCACAAAAUAGGUUUAUUCACAAAUGUCAAAACUACGAUGCCGUUUUACCAACCUAGCGAAUCUAAUCUAAUCGUGGCCGGUGUUGCUAUUAAGUCGAAGCUUCGUAUGGUGAAAAAAAUCGUUUCUGGGUAAAACUCGAACAAGUUUCGUGUGUACGUGACCCAUAUUCGCUUAUGAAGCUUCUAUUAACUCGCGACUAUCGUGAAGGGAUUUUGUUGCAAGCGCAUCUCGAUCAAGUCGGCCAUUUUACUGAUAAUGUUUUCACAUCGUUACGAAAGGUUUAUCGUGUGUUUAUUAAUUCAAUUAACAAACUGAGGACUGUAUAAUAAUAUGUUGUGUCGUGUAAUUCAUCAAUAAAAUCCUGUGUACUUUGCGAAACAUGGUGUAACGUUGUCUCGUGUGAUGAAACUUUGUUGAUUGAUUUUUGGUGUUUGUGAUCAUAAAAAAGACCAUGUCGGUGCCUGGGGAUGAUGUUGGGGUGUCUUCCAACGGGAUGACGAUACAAGUGUUCCGCCCUACAUGGGAGGAAUUCAAGGAUUUCAACAAGUACAUUCAGUACAUGGAAUCUAAAGGGGCUCAUAAGGCAGGCCUCGCGAAAGUGAUUCCUCCGCCGGAGUGGGUCCCUCGCAAGUCGGGCUACGACCUCGAGCAGCUGAACGUGACGAUCCCGUCGCCUAUAUGCCAGGUAGUGACUGGCAAGCAAGGUUUGUUUCAACAAAUUAAUAUCCAGAAAAAAGCUAUGACCGUAAAGCAAUUCGCUGUGAUGGCGAACUCUGCUAAGUACUGUACCCCGCGACACACGAGCUACGAAGAUCUAGAGCGGAAAUAUUGGAAGAAUGUCACGUACGUUGCUCCUAUUUACGGAGCUGAUGUUAAUGGUAGCAUCACAGACCCUGAUGUUAAAGAAUGGAAUAUCAACAGCCUGGGAACUAUCCUCGACUUCGUAAACUCAGACUACGGCAUAGAAAUCGAUGGAGUCAACACCGCGUACCUGUACUUCGGUAUGUGGAAGACAACCUUUGCUUGGCAUACCGAGGACAUGGAUCUUUAUUCUAUAAACUAUCUCCACUUCGGCGACCCUAAGACAUGGUACUCAAUCCCACCCGAACAUGGCAAAAGAUUUGAAAGAAUAGCUUCAGGAUUCUUUCCGACGUCAGCCAAAACAUGCCAAGCGUUCUUGAGACACAAAAUGACGCUAAUAUCUCCACAAAUACUCAAACAAUAUUCAGUUCCUGUUAAUAAGAUUACUCAGGAAGCCGGUGAGAUUAUGAUUACAUUCCCAUAUGGAUACCAUGCAGGUUUUAACCAUGGGUUUAACUGUGCUGAGUCCACUAACUUUGCUGCUCCGAGAUGGGUGGAGUACGGGAAGAGAGCUACACAAUGUACCUGCAGUAAUGAUAUGGUGAAGAUUUCUAUGGACACCUUUGUUAAGCGUUUCCAGCCUGACCGUUAUGAGCUCUGGUUAAAGGGCCAGGACAUAGGGUGCCACCCAGAACAGCCUGAAAAAAUGGUUCCGGCACCUCAUCCAUCAGGCCAAGAUAUUCUAUGCAACAAGAACAACACAGAGCUCCCGGAAUCAUUUAUAGAAGCUGAGGAAGAAGGUCUUAGAAAGAAGAAAAGGCAUCCACUACAUUUGAAACGAGCGAUGGCCAGCAAAAGUAUAUCUGAAGGUGCCAUAGCGGUUUCCAUCUUAGGCCAUGAUGUUAUGGAUGACGAUGAAAUGACAAUGGCAGAAGGUGACUUAGACAUGAUGACUUCAAUGAAGAGACCAAUGAUGCCGCUACAGCCAGAUGAAAACCAACUCGAUGCAUUAGAAGAUAUUUGGCUGAAAGGAGAUGAGAUGGAUCCAUCUGAAGCGCAGCAACCAGAUGUAGGAUACAUGGAUUCGGACAGAGAUUCUGACUAUGGGGCACCAAAGAAUAAGAAAAGUUCCAAAACUAGGAAAAAGCGAAAGGACAGCAUCAAAAAGGAAGGUAAAGCAAAGGCAUUGAAAGAGAAAGAAGUUAAAGAUGAAGAUAACAAAGAUAGCAAACCUAAGGAAGGCACGGAAGAUAAAGAAACUGAGAAAGAUAAAGAAGUAGUUGAGAAAAAGAAAGCCACACCACAAAAGAGAGGUAAGAAGACUAAGACAAAGAAACUAUCAAAUGAAGAAGUCCAGACAAUGGCUGCUCUUGUCUCGAACUGGGAAUCUCCACCUCAUGUGGAAGAGGAGAUACCAAUCUUCAAAGCGGCACCUGUUACUAAUGAUCCACUAACUACAGGGCAAUCCACGGUUGCAACAACCCCUGGAGAACCAACACAACCAAUAACCAAAGUCCCUGCAGUCAAAAAGGAAACGAAGAAACGGAAAUCAACAAAAGCAGAUGGAGAGAAAGUUGAAAAGCCUAAGAAAGAGAGAGUUAAGAAGGAACCUAAGCCUAAACCUCUUGAUGGAGUUGUCAAAGAGAAGAAGCCUAGAAAACCUAGGACUCCUAAGAAGAGUACUUAUGAGUACAGUUCACCUGUCGCACCUGUUAUGGCAAAACCGUCACAGACAUACCAACCAUCUACAAUGACUAAACUGUCUUACAAACUUGCCGAUAUCCCCAUACCCACAACGUCAACAUCAACAUCCUUCUCAAUGCAAAAAACAGACCAAAACUCCACAACGCCACCGAAACCUGUGAAAACAUACUCUGCAAUACUUUUAGACCCAAGUUUGAGAGUACCAAAAGUUGUACCACCGAUAAACAAGAACCCUAGUGCAUUUGAAGAUGAAUUCCACCGGUUCAUGAGUAAGAAGAAAGAACCGUCACCGCAACAGGUUCCAACUCCUCGGAAAACAUCACCGACCAUACAGGCGCAGACCGGGAAAGUUGUGGUUGAGAGUAUUGAGCAACCACCACAUCAUACUCCUCAGCAGAGGGAAGACUGGUCAAUGCCUAUUGGGCAGUAUAAUGACUCUAUAUUCCUUAACACUCCCUUAGAUUAUAGGACGUACUCGAACAACCAGAGGCAUCAGCCCCCACCUAUGGAGAGAAAUCAGUGGAGGCCGGAGUAUUACCAACCUAACCCUAUGCAUAACAACCCUAUGCCUCCGAUGUACUCACAAAUGACAAAUAAUUACUACAGAAGCCCGUAUCAGUCACCAUGGCAAUAUGGCUACCAGAAAUAAGCAGUAUUUUAAAUUUAGAUUUUAGGCAAUGUCCACGAAUUUGUCUCUCUUAUGCAAUGUUUUGAAAUCUGGUUUAAAUAAAUACAAGAUAUACUAUGUUUGCAAAACAAGAUAUACUUAGUAUAUAUUUAUUUACAUAUAUAUGUACAGAAAAGUAUAUAUUAAUGAAUAAAUAGCUAUUUGACGGCAGCAAUAAAUUAAAUAGAAUUCUAAACACUGCAUAUAGGGGACUUCACUUAAUGCUUAUAUUGGAAGUUCUAUUUUGGGGAGAAAUAAGUUUAUACUAAUAUUAUUAUAAAGAAGAAACAUAUUUUUUGUUGGUUUGUAUUCAAAAGUUUUACUUUUACCGUACGGGCAGCAGUUACCACGGAACGCGGGUCAAAUACAGUUUGGUAAAAUUGAAAAUAUAUUCGCAAUUUAUUUUUAACAUCGAUUUUGCUGUCAUUUGAUUAUAAAAUAUUUGUCUCAAAGCAGAACUUCCAAUUUAAAUACGACUAGAAUAAUUUAUUUAUCUUUUAAAGUAAAAAAUCAUUAUAGAGUGAAAUACACCGUUCUUGUAAAUUUCAUUAGCCAUUUACUACGACUGAUUAAAAGCGGUUUAUUUAAGAUCAUAUGAGUUUUUUUAAGUUUGUAAAAUAUGUCUUAGGGUUUCCUACUUGCAGUAGUCUAAUUUUACACCCAAUGUGAGGUAAGUCAGUAAAUGCAAUUCAAGUAAAAUUGGUGGGGAAGAAAUUCUUGUGUAUAAAUAAGCAAAAUAUAAAUUAAUAAAAAGAAACGUUUGCUAAUGAGAGACAAAGUAAUGUUAAAAAGUAUUAUUCUAGUCUAAAUCGUCUUAUAAAUAAAAUGAUUUAAUAAAAAAAUGCUUCAUUGUUUUAUAGUGAGUUGGCGACCAUUAUUGUUAGUUUUCUGUGGGAACUGUUUCCAGCACCUAGAUAAAAAGUAGCCCAUAUUAUUAUGUUAUUCUUAUAAAUAAGCUGUAUUACUGCCAAGUUCCAUCACAAUUCUUUCAGACGUUUGCACAUUGAAGACUUAACAAAAACAUGCCUAAAGCACCUUUAUAAGUGUGAUUGAUAUAACUUCUGUUUUUCCAUUUUCUCAUUGAACAUUGGGUGUAAAAUUAGAAUGGAUGUAAGCACCUAGUUUUAGCCCGGCGGGUUGUAUGUCAAAUAUGGAAAUUCUAUCUAGAAUGACAGAGGCUGUCUUUUAAAUACUUUUGGCAGUUGUUACAGGUAGUCAGAAGCCAGAAACUCUGAUAACCAGUCUUAGGGAGUAUUGGGUUGCCCCGGUGACUGGGUUGAGGAGGUCAGAUAGGCAGUUGCUCCUUGUAAAACACUGGUACUCAGCUGCAUCCGGUUAGACUGGUAGCCAAACCCAACAUAUUUGGGACAAUGUUAGGCAGAUGAAUGACAGUCCACCAACAUCAAGGUAGGGAUUUUUAAAUUUGGUUUUUAAGCACCAAAAUUUUCAAAAAGCUAGUCAAGUGUAAUAUUUUAAGAUUGUCCUGAAAUUCAGGCAAUUAUUUAUCUGGUAAUACAGUAAAAAUUUUGACAUACAACCUGCUUAUUACAGCUUUAUUUUAGACUUAAUUAAUGUAAUUAUAAUGAAUAAGAAAUUAGUUUUAUUUUUUAUCCUAUCGUGAAUAUUGAAGUGAAAUAUUUGUUUUUAACCUGAGUUUUAGCUAUCACAAUCUGUCUCUUAUCGAAGUUUUAUCAAUAUUGAUUCAGAAGUUUUGGAUUUUACCUCAAUUAAUGUUUGAAUGUAUAGCUAAGUCGAUUUUAAUUUUGAAUUUGAAUUUUGUGUGUAGCAAAAAUGAGCGCACUUUCUGUAAAUAUGAUAUGUUUUAGAAAUAUUAAUCUAUUGGGGUAUAUUUACACUUAAUAGUGUGGUAUGACAAUCAGUAUCGAUAAACUGAAAACUGAAAAAAUAUCCCCGUGAUUAUUAAAAAAAAUAUAUGGUAAUAAGUUUGGUUACUCAAAAGAUUGCAAUAUACGCUUUUGUGAAGCUGUUUUAUUUUAAAAUUUAAUUAAUAAAUUAAUAUAAUGCUCUGCACAUUGUUUUGCGAGCUCAAAUAAUUGUAGGUAUUUAGAGAAUCUAUUUAUUACUAAAACUACUUCUUAUAGUUAGCUGCAGGUGUAAUCACCUAGCAAGCCCUAGUGUCAGGGUUUUCUCAAAUCCGCCUGACGGCCUCUGACGUGGAAUUGUAACGACGACUGCUACUGAGUAGCAUUCGGGGACGCUGCCCUGAAGAUUUUUUCUAUGUAUGUGUAAUGUGUAUGUACAUUUUACACACACAAGUGUAGCUCACGCGCUUUCUUGAGAUAAAACAUCUACACUUCUUAAGGUAUUUUUUAUUUAAUGCAAGUCAACUUGUCUACAAUAUUUGAGCUCGCAAACACUUGUGUUAGGAAACCGUGAGAUAUUUGUACUGUAUAUAAAGAUAGUCAUAUAAAUACUAAAGUAUAUUUGGACUUGAGGUCACUUUGUCUGCGUUAUAAAAAAUAUGUCCUGCUCUUGUUAGUAAAGAAGAAUUGUAUUUUGAAAUGUAGUUUCUAUCUUUAUCUUGAUAAUCAUAUUUCAAACUACCCGGCGAACUUCGUACCGCCUUUUCCUCAUUUGCUCACCGUUUAGACCUACCCUGGACUACGACAAACAUUUUAAAACCAAAAUCAGCUCAAUCGGCCCAACCGUUCUCGAGUUUUAAUCGGACUAACGAACAACAAUUCAUUUUUAUUUAUAUAGAAUAUUUUAAGUAUGGAUAUUAAUGAAUACUUAAUACAUUAUUUCGAUUUUUAUUUAAAGUACAGUCAAACGAAAAUGUGGUCUACCACUCAACGUGUAACAUUCAUUUGAACUUCAUGAAACAGCAAGGAUUGUCGACAGAAAAGUGGAACAAAGAUUAGGUACUCGUCUCAGAGCUGGUAGAGCACUUUCUUGGACGACUGUACUGCAGGACUCUUGCCAUCUGACGUAAAAAAGUAUGUGUUUAUGUGUAUAAAACUUUUACAUGACCAUUAUUGUCUAUGCAACAAAUGUAUAUUUCAUAGCUAAGAUUGUUUUAUUAACAUGACUUUCUCGUAAAACGAAAUGUUAAGACUAGUAAGAAUUAUAUGAACCAUAUAUUAUAAUGCUAUCACAUGUAAAACAGAAUCAAAAUUUAGUUAAUUAUCAUUUAUUGCGUUAAAGUUAUUUUUAAGAUCCCUUCGAGCAGGAAAUAGUUUUUGAGUGACUGGUAACCUCAAGUCUACCUGUUCACAGUAGAAUUGUAAUGAUAGCGUAUAAAUUAAAAUGCUGUUUCAAAAAUGAAGUUCUUUCAAUAAAAAUAAUGAUGAGCA